AUGGGAACCAAGAACAACGUGACUGAAUUUGUGUUGUUCGGCCUUUUCCAGAGCAGGGAGAUGCAGUAUGUGUGCUUCGUGGUCUUCUCCCUCUUCCAUGCUAUCUUGGGGAACCUUCUGGUCAUCAUCACCAUCAAUGCAAGCAAGACCCUGAAUUUCUUCCUCAUGUAUUUCUUCCUCAGCCACCUCUCUUUUGCCGACAUGUGCUAUCCAUCUGCUACCACACCCAAGAUGAUCGCAGACACUUUUGUGGAGCGUAAGACCAUCUCCUUCAAUGGCUGCAUGACCCAGCUCUUUUCUGCCCACUUCUUUGGUGGCACUGAGAUAUUCCUCCUCACAGCCAUGGCCUAUGACCGCUAUGUGGCCAUCUGUAGACCCCUGCACUACACAACCAUCAUGGGUCAGUGGAAGUGUGGCUUGCUGGCCGGGGCCUCCUGGGUGGCUGGCUUCCUGCAUUCCAUCCUACAGACACUCCUGACAGUCCAGCUGCCCUUUUGUGGGCCCAAUGAGAUUGACAACUUCUUCUGUGAUGUUCAUCCCUUGCUGAAGCUGGCCUGUGCAGACACCUAUGUGGUGGGGCUCAUUGUGGUGGCCAACAGUGGCAUGAUCUCUUUGGUGUCCUUUAUCAUCCUUAUCAUCUCCUAUGUGGUCAUCUUGUUGAACCUGAGACGCCAGUCAUCUGAGGGCCGGCGCAAGGCUCUGUCCACAUGUGGCUCACACAUCAUCACGGUCAUUUUGGUCCUCGUGCCCCCAAUGUUCAUGUACAUUCGUCCCUCCACCACCCUGGCUGCUGACAAACUUGUCAUCCUCUUUAACAUCGUCAUGCCACCUUUGCUGAACCCUCUGAUCUACACGUUGAGGAAUAAUGAGGUGAAAAAUGCCAUGAGGAAACUGUUUAGGGUACAAGGGAGUACAGGGGAGAAGUGA